UGCUUCUCUUGAUCAAGCAGAAAUGCUUAAGACCUCGGGAAACUACAACUCCCAGGACCGCCUAGCCUCGAGCCCUGGCAGCUUCAAGGAUGCAGGAGAUGCUUCUGAGCCAGGAGUCUUUCGGGGGCUAUUUUUAGCCCAUUUCCCACAAGCCCCGCUUGGAGGAAGAAGGAGGGAGGAGGAAGAGGAGGAGGAGGAGGAGGAGAGAAAAACAGCAGCAGAAGCAGCAGAAGCAGGAGGAGGAGGAGAGGAAGAUGGGAGCGAAAGGCGUCUCCGGGGUGGAGUGAGCGGCGGGUGCCUUUCUCCCUUCCUUCUCUUCCUUCCCUCCUGGGAGGCGAGUGGGAAGGCCAGCCCUGGCAAGGAGCCCCGAGGGCAAGGCUGCUGCAAGCCAGGCGGAGGCGAUGCCCCGGUAGGAGCCCAGCACAGGGGCAUGGAGGACGGGCUGGCAUCCGAGGAUGAUACCCUGCUUCUUUCGGAAAAGGAUUUCCACGAUGCGGCCAAGCGAAACGACACAGUGCGCAUGCGAGAGCUGAUCAAGAGAGGGGUGGACGUCCGGGCCAAGAAUAAUAUAGACAGGACUGCGCUCCAUUGGGCUGCCGGAGCAGGGCAUGAACAGGCAGUGCGCCUUCUCUUGGAUCACGACGCCUCUGUCAACGACGUGGAUAACUUUGGGAUGAACGCCCUCCUCUUGUCAGCUUGGUUCGGCCACCUGCGCAUCCUUCAGAUCCUGGUCAAUGCCGGCGCCAAAACCAACUGUGCAAACAAGAAUGGACGCCACUUGCUGCAUUGCGCUGCCCAAAGAGGACACCUGAAGGUGAUUGAGUUCAUCAUGGAAGAUCUGGAGGAUGUGCGGCUGGAUAAGAAAGACAAGUUGGAUCGGACUGCCUUCCAUUUAGCGGCAGAGAAUGGACACCUCGAAGUAGUGGAGUUUCUGGUUGCCUUUGGUUGUGCGCAGAACCUUAAAGACAAAGAGAAGAACACAGCCCUCCAUUUAGCAGCCAAGAACGGUCACGCACGGGUGCUACGGAAACUUAUCGAAAUUGGGAUGGACCUUGAUGAGAAGAAUACAGAAGGCUUGACUGCGCUGCAUUUGGCUGCCGAAGGAGGACACCGUGGCUGCCUGAAUCUACUCCUGGAAGCUGGCUGUGAUAUCAAUGCCAAAACUCAGAAAAACAUGACAUGCCUUCAUUACGCUGCACUGAAUGGCUACGAAGAUAUGGCCAGGAUCCUGAUCAAUGCAGGGAUUCAACUCGAUGCACUGAAUUAUCAAAACUCCUCUGCUAUGCAUAUUGCGGUGCUACACAAUCAUCCAGCUGUGGUCAAGCUCCUAAUUGAUGCUGAAUGUGACCUGGACAUCCCUGAUAAUAGGCAGCAGAGCCCGCUGCAUAUUGCUGCUGAAUAUGGGAGGCAAGACAUUGCGGAGAUCAUCCUGAUUGCCGGGGUGAAUUUGAAACUCACAGACAAGCAAGGGAAAACAUCACUAGAUAUUGCUGCCCGUGGGAACCAUGUCAACUUGGCUGAUAUGAUCAUCAAAGCAGAUAGGUUUUACAAAUGGGAAAAGGACACUCUCAAUAGCGACUCUGACUCCUGGAUAGCCAAGCACUUAACCUUUAAGCAGGACCAUCGUCUGGAGACCAAACACAUCCGUUCGGUCAUGUGGAGGCUCGCUACCAAAUACCUCAAACCCAGUGAGUGGAAGAAGCUGGCGCAUUACUGGAAAUUCACCGAGGCACACAUCCGAGCGAUUGAACACCAGUGGGCAGGCACCAAAAGUUACAGGGAACACGGCCACAGGAUGCUGUUGAUUUGGCUCCACGGCGUGAUCAUGGCGGGGGAGAACCCGGUCAAAGGGCUCUACGAAGGUUUGGUGGGCAUCGGAAGGAAAGACUUGGCAGAAAGCAUCCGGAAACAAGCAAACGCCGAACCUACUUCUCCAAGGAAGUGCACAGCAAUGUGAAGCCUGAGAAAGGAACAAGAGUCCAGCGUCCAUUGCUAUCAAUGAGUCGCGACCAAAGGAACUGACAC